AUCUAUUUUAUUACAGUUUUAUUACAGUUACUUUAUUUCAUCCAGUAAAACUCAAGUCAGUGGACCUGCUGGAAGUGAUAAAAACCUGUAACUGAAAAUUAUAUCCAUUUACAUGUAUAAAAGCAAUAAUCUGGGGUGUUUUCAGCCCUGGAAAGUUGCCUGGAUACAAACACACUUGAGGAAUUAAUAGUUACAUCAAAAUAAGAUCCUUUCUCAGCUGUAUUUUUUAUAUUCAGUCUGUGUUUAAGAAGGUGAUUUGUCACUUGGGAACCAGUAAUAAAACUAAACAGACUGUGUACGUGUGUACAUAGUGAAGCCUGUUCUCCUUGAAUAUAUCAAAUUUUUGUGGCCAUAAAACUGUUUUAACUGUCAGUGAGAGGUCCCCAACCUGUCACUGACAGUUAAAACAGUUUUACAGUUUUAAUGAUGAAGUGGGAAGAAGAAGAGGAAGAAUAGGAAGAAGCAGCAGUACUGGGAUGUUAGUAAAAGAGGGAGGCAUCUAUGCAGCAUACAAAAACAAGUUAGGGUGGGGAGGAAAGCAAACUGGAAUAAGAAAGAAGAAAUUAUCACAUGUCUGAGAAUAGGUCAUACAGGUCUUAAUUACAUUUAACUACCUAGCGCAAUACAAAUGUGUGCACGGUGCAAACAACCAGAACAUACUCCACCGCCCCUCAUACAGUAUAUACAGACAAAUCAUAGUUUUCAGUCACUGAGUAAGAAAAAAAAUUGCAUGACAGUUACAUGACAUUUUAUUUAUUUUUAAAAUUACUAUAAAUUUUAAAAAGAUUGAUUUUUCGUUUUAAUUUCACGCUUCCCCGCGCCAGUCCGGUCAGUAGCAGCAGAAGAAACACUUCAAAAUAGGUAAACACGAAAGUGGAACAUGUACACACUGUAACAAUAUAGAAUCAGUCCAACAUGUACUGGUUGAUUGUAAGGCCUACGUGGAGGAGAGGAACAAAUUGAACAACAGUGCAGAAAGCAAAAACACAUUUCACUGUGGAGAACCUCCUCGGUAAAAAAGGAAAGAUAACAAUCAUCAAUUCAAUCAAUACAUUUUUUUUCUCCUUUGGUUUUGUUUUACGAAUCUACUGAUCCAACAAAAACUUUGGUUUUCAAAUGGACAAAAAAGAAAAAUCUGUAAUUAACAAUUUAAUUCUUUUGGCAAAAAUUAUGAAUAUUUAUGUGCCUUAAUUCCUGAUUGAGCUUUUUUUCUUUUUGUUGUUUUAUUAAUUAUACUUAUUUUCAUAUACCACACACUUUUCUAUUUCUUAAACGAUUAAUUAUUCUGUAUAAAGCCGCCUUUUUGAAUUGUACAAUAAAAAUAUUCUAAAACAAAAGAUUAAUCUCCUACCUCACACUCCAGUCCGGUAGGUGGCGGCAUUGCACCUGUGAGUCGGUUGCCAGCCGCCGAUCAAACGCGAAGAAGGACGCUGAAUAUAAAACGGUGUGUUUUCACUGCAUCAACCGCGACUAUGCUUGACAGGUAACGCAUUUAAACGCUGCAGGUGCUCAGUUUUAUCUAGUGUGCGCGUAUGUUUUCUCCUGAGGUGAAUGUCUCGGUUGAAAGCCUCUCCUCUGCGGCGCUGCACCUUUAAGCCUCAUUAGUGAGACAAUCUCAGAUCCUCUGUGCGCCUCGUCGCUACCCCGCUACUCCUCCUGCACGAAUCUCACCCUCUUAACUGCACCAUGUAGCUUUACCCCAACUAUUUUUCUACCAGGCUCGCCUAGCAAACUCGCGUAUGGCUGAUAUAAUUGCCGCCAGCGUCGGUUUGCCGUCGCCGUCCACUAUGAACGCCACCUGCCGGGUCCUGGAGGACCCCAGCUCGGCCAGUGGCGCCGCCGCCGCCGCCGCGGCCGCCGCAGCUUCCUCCGCCUCCGCUCCUCCGUCCUCCCCGAGCAGCGAGGACUACUUGUUCGUGGAGACCAGGCACCCCAACACGGUGCUGCAGGGCCUCAACAGCCUGCGGCUCAACAACGCCUUCUGCGAUGUGACUCUGUGCUGCGGGGGCCAAGAGUUCCCCUGCCACCGCAUCGUGCUGGCUUCUUUCAGCUCCUACUUCCAGGUCAUGUUUUCCACCGACCUCAUAGAGUCCAAACAGGACCGCGUUGCCAUCAACGGUGUCGAGCCUCAGAUGAUCGGCAUGCUGGUGAGCUACGCCUACACGUCGGAGGUCUACAUCUCCAAAGCCAACGUGCAGGCGCUGUUGGCCGCGGCCAACCUGCUGGACGUCAUGGCCGUCCGCGAGGCCUGCUGCCGCUUCAUGGAGCGUCACAUGGACGAGAUGAACUGCGUGGGGAUUCACUGCUUCGCCGAGGCCCAUUCUUGCAAGGUGCUGGAGAAACGCAGCAUGGACUACAUCCUCGAACACUUCAGCAGUGUUUGUCAGCAGGACGAGUUCCUGUCUCUGUGUGUGGACAAAAUGACAGAAAUUAUUGCCAGCGAUCACCUCAACGUGCCCAAGGAGGAGAUGGUGUUCGAAGCCGCCAUGUUGUGGUUGAAUAAAUGUCCCUCUCGGAAGCAGAGCUUUGAAAAGGUCCUUGAGCAUAUCCGCCUGGCUCUCAUCAGCCCUUACUACCUCCAUGACGUGAUUGAGUCGUUGGAUGUGGUGAAGGAGCAUCAGGGAUGCCAGAGGCUGAUCUCUGAGGCCAAAGACUACCUGCUGCUGAAGGACCGCCGCGGAGAGCUCUACUGCGCCAGAGCAAGGCCUCGCAGGUCCACAGGAACAGCUGAGGUGAUAGUAACAGUCGGCGGGGAAGACGACAAGGUGGUGCUGCGCAGCGUUGAGAGCUUCGACCCAGUGAUGAAUCAGUGGAAGAAUCUGGCUUGCCUGCCGUUCGCUGUGAGCAAACACGGGCUCGUCGUGUCAGGUACGACUCUGUACUUGGCUGGGGGAGAGUUUCCUGACGGCUCAGCCAGCAGAGAGAUGUGGCGCUAUGACCCCUGCUUCGACUCCUGGAUGGAGAUCGCCCCCAUGAAUGUAGCUCGCUCUGAGUUGGGCCUGGUGAUGCUGGAUGGCUUUGUGUAUGCGGUGGGAGGGUGGGAGGGACACUGCCGUCUCGACUCGGUGGAGUGCUACAACCCCUACACCGACUCCUGGCAGUUCACCCCGUCUGUCAAGAUGGCUGUGACGAGUCCUGCUGUGGUGGCUCUAGACGGUCUGCUCUACGUAACUGGCGGUGCGGUUCUGGAGGACGGUGACGGCACAGACCUCGCGCAAGUGUACAACCCUAAAACAUCCGUCUGGACGGAGGUCGCUCCCAUGCAGAUCGCUCGCUCCGGUUCCGCUGCGUGUACGCUCAAAGGAAAGAUCUACGUUAUAGGUGGGUGGCACGCCUCGACGGAGAACACGGAUAAGGUGGAGUGUUACAACCCCAAGACCAACCAGUGGACCAUGUGCGCCCCCAUGAAGGAACGGCGCUACCGGCCCGGCGUUGCUGUAGUGGAUGGAAAAAUCUACGUCUUGGGUGGAGAAGAGGGCUGGGACAGAUAUCAUGACACUAUAGAGAGAUACUGUGACGAAGCGGACACGUGGGAGAUUGUCGGGGAGAUGCCCACGAGUCGCAGCUGGCUCAGCUGCGUGUCCCUCCAGCUGAGGAAAGACAUCCACGUGAGCAGCUGUCCCGCGACGCCGAACGACAGCUGAGCGACGACGUUGCGGGGGUAAGUCUCAUGCAGCUAUUCUUUGCGCCCUCCUCGGGGACAGUGCAAUACGAAGCUCGGGAGCUUGCGGAGCGACUUGGGAUGCGACGCGGCUCACCGGCGCCGAGCUGUUUCAGCUGUUACCGGUGACACUGAGUUGUUUUGGGCCGGCGGAGACGGAUCGUCGGGAGCUCACGGGGAAGGGUCCACGUGAAGCGGCCAUUCACGACCUCGUAAACUGGAAUUUUUCAGCAAGGUCCCUCCUGUUGCCAACUAAGAGAACGUCGUUGACUCGCCUGAUUUCAAGUUACUGUGAUCUACGACUAAAGUCAACAGUCUUAACACACUCUCCAUGAUGUGAACGUGUUUAAGGUAUUGUUUUAAUGUGUGAGCCCCUCAAUCUGAAGAUUUUCCCAGGUCAACAUCUCUUGUUUUUUUGUGGUGUAUUUAUUGGGUGUGACUAGGUACGUGACAGACUUUUUGAAAAUGCUUUAGUUUUAACUAGAGAUCCUCUAGGGGGCAUAUAAAUGGGAUUAUUUUUCAAAAGAUUACCUGUGAGAAGAAAAAAGUGAGCAGUGUAUUUAAAUCCAGAAAGGUCGUCUUUACUACGUGUAAUAUUCUGACUAUAUUUUUAUAAUGUAGUGUGCAUCAUGCAUUUUAGUGAAUUUAAGUGGAGUUGCGUUGUAAUAAAGAUGUUUAAUUCCUUA